GCUAUUUCAUUACCUUCACUCGAUCCUUGGCCGCAGUGCAACACGGAGCCGCGACCACGUUUCGUCGUCGAGCCUCAUUGUGGAUGAUACCAAUCGGCGCGAUCCUCGCGCACACGCGAACGAAUGGAUCGCGCGUUGCAUAAUAAGAAGAUCGAGUGAUUUCGAAUCUACUUUUGCUCGAAGGCUGAAGAAGAGUAACGAUCGCGAACGAUAAACGAGAAACCGACCCGUGCAUCGCGAGAGGUGUUGGAUCCAAAAUCAUAUGUUGGUUGCCUUUCAGGACGGUGAGUGAGCCAUCCUUACUACUUGAUGAUUCGAGAAAUGCGUUUCCUCGACUGCGCCGAUAGUAGAGUAGAAAGGAGAUUUUGCGUUUAGAUAAAGCUAUGAAACUGCACGCGAAAACAAUCGCACGUGGCCUGCCUCGAUGAGUUUCGCAGCACCACCCGUCUGAAACCACCAGGCUCAUCGUGAAAUCUCACGAAAGCAGCCUUUUCCGCGGCCUACUCACGCACUUGUAUUUUUUUCAAGCGUUUUUCGAAAGGUACUCCUAGAAGAAAAAAAUUUAUUCUUGGAAAUUAUCAAAAAAACAUUCCAGAAUGGUAAUAAUUAACGUAAUAUAAUUACGUAACAAACGUCACACGAGAGAGAGGAGAGACACUUGACGCAAGUUUUUCGCCGCGCUGCUCAACCUCGCUCUUGGCGCAAGAAUGUCGUGGAGAAUCAAUAUCUGCGCCACCGUGGUGCUCGUCCUGCUCGAGCUGACCACGUCGGCUAUGGUCCUGCCGCGACCGCCCUCGUCGCAUCCUAAUCGCAUUCGUCAGGAUCAGGACUUGUCAGCGCGCAAAGCGCUCGAGGGCAAGUCCCUUCAUGGAGUCCCCGCCCGAGACAUCAACAUAGACAGACCCGAAGACUACAGAUUUGUCGAAAUCGAGUUGCGAAACGCGGAUGAAAUGGACGCCGCGAAUCUGCAAGGUCUGGUGCACGCGAUGCUGAAUCAGCAGCAAACCAGCGAGCAGCCGCAAAUACCGAGCGACCCCGGAUAUCCGAAUCCCGAGGUGAUCCCGCACUCGAUUCUCGGCGUGCGCGACAUGGGGCUGAGUCCAAAUUAUCGACUGGACACCUUCGACGACGACAAGCGAGUCCUGUUGAGGACGUCGCCGAAACUGCAGAGCCUCGACGAGAAGCUGUACUACUUGAAGAGCGGUCGGCCUAGAGUCUACGUAAACGUGCGCGGACACAGCGGCUCCUUCCGCAAGGAAGCUGUCUCGCCGACCUUGACGGUGACCCCGAGCGAGGGUGCGGUGGGAUACCUCAGGGUGACGCGACCGUUCGAGAGGCAGACCGACUGGAAGACGCGAGACAAGAAAGCUCGACCGCCCAAAAAAUUCGACCGUCGCGUGGAUGGUGUCGUUUCGUCCAAGAGCGAGGAGGUAGACAAUAAGACAAACGAUCAAGCGACAUUGUACGAACGCGUGGACGAUCCGUCAACCACGGAGAACUCCAUGGUCACGUCCAGCGAAUUGCCCAAGCAGAUACCUGCGCCGCCCAGCAAGGUUCGGUCGCUGAUGGCGCAGACCACACCUGUACAAAGGUACGCGUUCAGGAGAACGGAUAUCUUGCCGGGAUACGGCUUCAUCGAGGAAUAAUUGAAUAAUCGAAUAAAAACUGGCAUGAAAUUGGUUUCUUCGCGAAGAAUGCGAAUGCGAUCACGCAUGUUUUUGCGAUAGCAAAGAAUUUUGCACUCGUGCUUAGGAGCACGAAAGUACAAAAAAAUAUAACCAAAAAGAAUUGCGACAAAACAUUUUAUUUUAUAAAGUACUUAUUCACGUAUUGCGAGCUUUAUAAAGAGCGCUAAUAAUUAUUUUUCCGAAUUUGUUCAUUUUUUACAUAGUAAUCAAAUUAAAAUUAAAAUCACAUUUUCCCAUGGUCACGAAACUUUAAAAACCUCGAUGAGAACUAGCUGUGAUUGCAUGAAAAAAUAUUAUCUCGUCUUGAGAAUCUAAUAUCAUUAAAAUUCAUGUUGAAUCAUCGGCCUUAAGAGCUUAAUUUACGCCGGGAAUGUGACAACUUACGGUGAUGAAUAUACAUAUAAGAAUACUAUAUGUAUAUAAAUAUUAUUAAUAUACAUA